CCUGCCCUUCCUUGGUCUUUACAGCUGUGACCGUGUCCUUUCCUCACAAAUGCACUCACAUCCACAGCUUCUCUCAUAAUGUUAUAAUGUCACAGCAAUAAAAACAUAAAUUUGAUCUCUCAUUAGGAAAGGGAAGAUGUGAGAAGCACGAAAACUGUACUUGAAGGUGCACAAAGAAGAACUUUACAAAGCAUGAGGAGACAGGAGUGACUGAGUUCAAUCAUUUUAUGUCAACUGUAUGUUUUCAUGUCAAGUUGCAUAACGUGUUGUUCAUUUUACCCUGUUUUUUUGCAGAAGAAAGAGCACAAGAACUUACAGCAGGGAAAGGAAGGAAAAAGGGGGUUAUUGAUAAUGAGGAAGAACUGCUCCACUGAUUCCCCUUCAGGUUAAAUAACCAUAACAAAGGGCAGCUCGCUCUGUGCACACACGCACAGACCUACUGACACAGUCUCGGGCAUCCCCGGAGCAGGGAUUGGACGAGAAACCGAAAGAGAGAGAGAGGAGAAAGCGCACGUCUUUCCCCCCCACCCCCCACCCCCCACAGCUGCUGUACAACCAGCAGAGACGGAUAUGAGAGCAGGGCGGCGAUCAUGACCGGCCACUCGGAGUCUUAAACCACCUCACACAGACCCAGCAACCUCCCAAUUCCACUUUUUUUUUUUUGCCAGUUUUCUUUCAUCACCCACUGUGGAUCCUGAAUGGAUUCUCGGCUCCAGAUUGGACCCGGGAUCCCGACACCGGACCCCACCGCCCGCGCACCCUGGAACAUCAGCUCCAUCAACCCGCACCGGCUCAUGGAGCUCGCCCCGGUGGCUACAGCUGGUUCUGUGGUUCCAAACCACAUAUUUCCAACAGUAGACGUCCCAGACCACGCUCACUACACCAUUGGCGUUGUCAUCCUGGCCGUGGGAAUCACAGGAAUGCUGGGAAACUUCUUGGUCAUAUACGCUUUCUGCAGGAGCCGGAGCUUGCGGACGCCAUCCAACAUUUUCAUUAUUAAUCUGGCAUUCACAGACUUCUUCAUGUGUCUCACCCAGACACCCAUCUUUUUCAUCACCAGCAUGCACAAACACUGGAUCUUUGGAAAGAAAGGUUGUGAGCUGUACGCCUUCUGUGGAGCGCUGUUCGAUUGCAGCAUGAUGACACUGAUGGUGAUUGCAGUGGACCGAUACGUGGUGAUCACCAGGCCUCUCGCCUCCCUCGGGGUGAUGUCUCACAAGAAAGCUCUCAGCAUUGUGGCGGUUGCCUGGGUCUACUCGAUGGGCUGGAGCCUGCCCCCCUUCUUUGGCUGGAGUGAGUACAUUCCCGGAGGGCUGAUGACGUCUUGUUCCUGGGACUACAUGACGUUCACCCCUUCGGUCCGCUCCUACACCAUGCUGCUCUUUACCUUUGUCUUCUUCAUCCCUCUCUCCAUCAUCAUCUUCUGCUACUGCUGCAUCUUCAGAGCCAUCCGACACACAACGCGAGCGAUAGCAAAGAUCACCUCUGAGGGGAACAGAGACUCAGCAAAGAGGUUCCAUAAAAUGAAGAGUGAAUGGAAGAUGGCCAAAAUCGCACUCAUCGUCAUCCUGCUAUUUGUCAUCUCCUGGGCCCCUUACUCCUGUGCAGCCCUCACUGCAUUUGCUGGAUACGCUGACUUGUUGACUCCUUACAUGAACUCUGUUCCUGCUGUGAUCGCCAAAGCGUCUGCUAUCCACAACCCCAUCAUAUACGCCAUAACACACCCCAAAUACAGGUCAGCCAUCAAUCGGUACAUUCCCUACCUCGGAGUGCUGCUCUGCAUGACCGGCAGAGAUCGCUUCAGCAGCAGCAGCUUCCAGUCGACCCGCCGAUCAACCCUCACCAGCCAGUCCGAAUGCAAAGGCCCCAGCAAGCCCCGCAACUCCUCCCAGUCCGAGAGCGAAUCAGCCCACUUCUCGGACACGGAGGACGACUGCUCGUCUCAAACGCCCGUCAGCCGUCAGGUGUCCAAUGAUGUCAAACAGGUGCGCCACACCAGCCAGAGGUCAAAGGUCAGAGGUCACGCCACAGGAGAGUUUGAGAGAGCCGCUGCCCACAACCCAACUGACCCGGUCUUAUGCCACCUUUCUCAGAUCACCACUCUGACAGAGCCUGAAGACAUCUCCAUGUCGGACAUCAGUCGGCAGCCGACCAGCCAUCUGCCUGCUGCUCUGGACAACGCCGUGAGGGAGUCGACGCCAAGGAAGGCGAGCAAGAACAAGUCGUCCGUCAUUGUCACCUCCAUAUCCAGCCCGUCCAUACUGCAGCCCCCCGGUUUCCAUGGCAACCUCAAAAUGACCAAAACCUGCAGCUCGGUCACCAAGGAGCCGCUGGACAUCGGCAGGCUGGAGACGACAGCGUUACCAUGAGCGAAAAGUGCAAAAGCAGAGUGUAACCUCGUCGUGUAUGUGUGCUUCGGUGUUUCUCUUCAUGGGACUCUUCUGUUCCAGCAUGCAGUUAUGGUAACUCCAGAGCAUUUUGUUCAGUUUGUUUUGCAUGCAGCGUACUGUAAACGUAUGUGAGCGUGAAUGCCCAGUAGAUUUACUUUGGCGUAUCUGUUUGCACACGUUUUCUGACAUAUCAUGGGGGCUGGAGAUGGUUUACCUCGGAGCUGGAAGCAACAAAUUAGCCUUAAACACACAAUGUGAAGGUCUGUGACUCAGUUUGACUUUUAUUGAUUAUCGGUUCAGCUUCGUAUUUGAGAUAAAGAAACCAAAAAACAAACAAAAAAAAUGUUUUGCUUUAAAUAACGAUGCAUUUUGGAUUAUUUCAAAGUAAAUUAUACGUCUUCUUUAUCUUGUUCAUUCAUAAGACUGUUUUUUUUCCCUUGUUUGGUACAUUAUUUUAUUGUGCCGUGUUAUGAGUUUGAUAGGAGAAAUCAGAGAUGUUAAGGUUGUUUUUGCACAGUGUUUAUGAGCCAUAUUUGUAACAAUAUAAUUCAACCAGCAAUGCAGACAGAAUCGCAGUAGUUCCGUAUUUUAGAUUUAAAACUUGAUGAUUUGGUAUCGCAAACAAUGUUUCCAAACCAGUCUCUGGCUCAUAGUAAUUUAGAAUAGGUUCUUUUGCUUUUCCAACUGUACUAUAAACACUAAUUAUGUGUAAGAACCGAUCCCUCUGAGCAUUAAUGCUACAUGUCCUCUAGAUCCGUUGGAAACAACCCACAUGUAAACGUAUGGCAUCUUGGUGGGUGGUUCACCAGCAGACCACUAGGUGGCCACAUGAUGGCCCUUCAGACUUUCGGUCCGGUAGAUGCAUCACACCAACAUGGUGGCCCAUCUGCAAACUUUCUCUUUUAUUUCGAAAACACUUCAGCGAAAAGUAAUUCUGAAUGCAUUUGAGGCAAGAAAUAAGCUGUGCUUUAGCUGAAUCUGUCCUCGUUUUAGCUAACCGACGGCUAGUUCAGGCAUUGAUGAAAGAUUCACGAUGCGUUGGACCUCUGCACGCAGCAUGGAAUUUGCAUAAAGUAGAAGUCGAGUCUACUUUAUGCAAAUGAGCUGCUGCUCACUCCAGGGAAAGGCACCGGAUCACAGCUCAAAAUGCACCGCAACCGGACCAGCAUGCAACGCGGUGCAUUUCACAUAGACAUUGAAUGGUAAGCGUGAAAUUGCUGGCUCUGGUGGACACGUACCUUCAACACUUUGCAGCUAUCUGAAAUUGAAGCCACUUUAAGCUUGUUGCAAACGGGUUUAGCACAAGCUAACUGCACUUACACAACGUUUCUAGAAAAAUAUAUGUGUAAAUCUGCUGAAAGUUCAGAUUAAUUAAAACUUAUUUGUUAAAAAUGCAGAAAAAUAAGGAAAGAGGCCCUUCAGAAUUAGACUUACCACCACAAAUGAGUGAUUUUACGUUAAAAUGCACACAUAGGAAACCCAUAGAAACUGGCCUCUUGUUUCGGUUUCCCUGCCUUUUAAUAGCCUUUUAGCAACACUUGCAGCUUUAAUGUGAGGUGUUUACUUCUAAACUGGGCAAUCAGGCACACAUACCAACACCCAUGUGAGAGGACAGAAGAGGAUACAGUCAGCUUGUUGUCCCCUCUGGCUCUCUGCGAUUGAUUUUUCCAUUCCUGGUGACAUCAGCUAACAUAGAUCAGACUCAUCAGGACACAGAUGUGUCACAGCUCCACAGUACAUGGACCCACAAACACAGUGAGUGUCCUGGACUCUGUUUUUUUUUUUUUUUUUUUAAAUUUGCAUUCCUCUCGACGCCAUACCUUUUCUUUAAUAUCUAUAUACAAGUGACAGGUUAAUGUUUUUAUAAAUGUGUGGUUUCAGGAUUGUCAUCAGUCACCUCAGCGUCACGUUUCUAAACUCUCUGUCCACUUUUGCAGUUCCCUUUGAGAUUCCUCAAUGCUGCGUCAUUGACUAUGAUUGUAAUGACUGUUUUUCUUCGCACCUCAAAGUAAAUUCUGACACGUUUUUUUUGUUAAAUUAUGAACAACUAAGUUAAAAUCUUAGUUUUCGAGACAACAAAGGUCGCCACGUUCCCAUUUGUUGCCCGUUCGUCCUGCAGUACUCAUCGAUGAAUGUAUGACUUCCAUGUAUUUAGAACAAUAUGGCUUUAUGACAGAACAAAUAUAAAUAUUAUGAAUAUGUUCCAUUUUGCUUUAAUGAUGUGAUUGAUUUUAUGAAGUGAUGGUUUCAUGUUUACUUUGUUUUUCUUUGUACAAAAUGUUUUGUGUUUUUAUUUAUUUUUCUAAAUAAAAAUGUUGCUAAAUCCUGCAACACUUUUA